AGGUGUAUGCUUUUGGACAGGUUCAAAACGCAUAAGCGCUUUUACAUCCGCAACCAAACGCGUCCCAUAAACGCCACCUCCAUCCUCUCUUUUUCCCCACUUCAGUGUUUCUUUUUAGCGAUUCACUGAGAAAUUCAAAUCAAGAAGACUUAUAUUUUGCCCAAACCAAUGGCGGAUCCAGAACUAGAAGCUAUCAGGCAAAGAAGAAUGCAGGAGCUUAUGGCUCAACGAGGCGGUGGAAGUCAGCAAAACCCCGAUCAGCAGAAGGCCCAGGAUGAAGCAAAAAGGGAGGCAGAUGAGCAAAGGCAAAUGAUGCUUAGUCAGAUAUUGUCAUCACAAGCACGUGAAAGACUUGCUCGAAUAGCGUUAGUGAAACCUGAGAAGGCCCGUGGAGUUGAAGAUGUUAUAUUAAGGGCUGCUCAAAUGGGUCAGAUUGCCGAGAAGGUUUCUGAAGAGAGGCUCAUAUCAUUGUUGGAACAAAUCAACAACCAAACAACCAAACAGACGAAAGUUACAAUCCACAGGCGUCGGAGUGUGCUUGAUGAUGAUGAUUAGCUCUUAUAUUUGAAAUUUGGUGGUUGCUAUCGACUUGAUUACUGGUAGUGUUGAUUUGAGUUUGAAAACCUUUUGUUGUUGGGUGUUUCAACAUAUUAUGUAAUUCUUCUACCAUAAGCAUUCUUAUUCCAGAGCAUAUAUGUUUGUCUACUUAAUAUGGUACGUUUGAGACUGCCCAUUUACUCUAGUGAAUUACUAUAUCAGUCUCUUUGGUUAAAAAUUUGACGAUUCCAAAUAGAUUUGUUGUUUAAGCU